GAUAAGAAAUAGUCUCCAUCCGAACUGAAAUCGCAGCAGCAUUUGAUUUCUAUGUCCAUGCUCCAACCCCGCCAUCUUCUAUAUCAUCAGUGGUAUCAGCUUCAUCUUUUUCGCCGCCUUCGCGAGUGUCCUCUUAUCUAUAAAGACCUCACGUCCGGUCAAUGUAUUCUGCAAGUCUCGCCCUCUUGCUUUGCAUUCAGCAGCGUCCUCAUCGUCUUGAUUACGGUCAUCAACAACAAGAUCAUCAACAUCACCUCGAGAUUGCUGUUUGAAAACUUUACACGCAUCAUCGCGGAUAUGAUUGCAACCUUAAGUGCAUUUACUCAGCACACAUAAUCCAUCUGUAAAUUGCACGGAUAAAAGGUACAUGUGGUCAGAUAAGUGCUAUUUCUUCUGAAGAGAAAAAAGUGUCCAAGAAGUAAGUGCGUUGAAUCGAUUUGAAAAUGUAAACCGUAGGGAAUCGCGACCGUGUCGAAUACAGGAGUCUUCUAAUCCAAUCGUUCACUUCUCCGCACUUGAGUCAUUCACUCCGUCAUGUCACUCAAAACGAUUCAGCAAACUCAGACGACUCAUUCGAGCUCAAUGAUGAGUCACAAAGCGGCUAGUGAUCUCGUUACGUCCGUGAAUGCUAAUCGAUCUGGGGGCGGCGCGGGAAGCAUCAAAGUGAAUAACGGUAAAAGUGUCGUCACGUCAUCACCAUCCACCCCGGGUAGUGUUAAUAAUAAUAGUAAUAGUAGCAAUAAUCCAAUAGUAGUGAAUCAUAAUGGUAAUAGUGGUGGUAGUGUGGUGAAUCAACAGCAACAGCAACAAUCCAAUCAACAGCAGAGUCAACAACAGAACGAUCAACAGCAACAACAGUCACAACAAGGAAUCGUGAAGAAACCGAACGGAUCCAGCGUGCGGGGUAAUGGAAAGAUACCAGCACCGUUACCCCCAUCUUCGGCAGGAGUAGCAGGUACAGCCCCCGACGCUCGUGCCAAGCAAGUGUUAAAGGAAGCUGUGGACGCUGUUGUUAAUAGUUUUGCAAAGCAUACACAAGGAUAUGGAAGAGUUAAUGUAGUGGAAGCUCUUCAAGAGUUUUGGCAAAUGAAGCAAGCCCGUGGAGCUGAUCUCAAAAACGGAGCACUGGUCAUCUACGAAUCAGUGCCAUCCAAUAGUCAACCCUAUGUGUGUUAUGUCACGCUGCCUGGUGGGAGCUGUUUUGGAAGUUUCCAGAACUGUCCAACAAAAGCCGAGGCACGCAGAAGUUCUGCAAAAAUUGCUCUAAUGAAUUCCGUAUUCAAUGAGCAUCCGUCGCGAAGAAUAAGCGACGAUUUUAUAGAAAAGGCUGUUCUAGAAGCGAGAGCUUCAUUUAAAGGUGAUAUAAAUAUGGAAGGAGAUGGACCGGAUACUGGCAUUGGAGCGUUCAGAUUCAUGCUUGAAGCAAAUAAAGGUCGUACAAUGUUAGAAUUUCAAGAACUCAUGACAGUAUUUCAGCUGCUUCAUUGGAACGGAUCAUUGAAAGCGAUGCGUGAACGACAGUGUUCACGCCAGGAAGUCGUCGCUCAUUACUCGAAUCGUUCCUUGGAUGAUGAUAUGCGUGCCCAGAUGGCCUUAGAUUGGAUCGCUCGAGAACAAGAAAACCCAGGCGUUUUGGGACGAGAGUUGGCACAGGCUGAGAGAGAAUUAGAGACUGCACGGUUAGCCGGACGGGAAUUACGCUUUCCAAAGGAAAAGAAGGACAUCUUGAUGCUGGCUCAUACGCAAUUGGGUGGUGGAAAUGCGAUGAACAGCUAAGGAGGGAAUGAUAAAAAUUUUGUGGAGAUCAGUUUGAUUAACAGAAAAAACGCGAAAAGUAGGAACGUUGUGGUCAAAAUUUAAAAUUCCAAGUUAACUCGUCAGAUGAAUAAUGCAAUCUCGAACAAUAAAUCUUUUUUUUAUACCUCUAAGUUUCUCAAUUAGAGAAAAGAACAUGAUUCCAAAAUCAUUUCCAAUUCAAGCUAAUCACUGAGUCUUGCAAUGAUAACAAAAAAAAGUCCACCCCUCCCUAAAACUUGAUAUUGCACCUCGAAAUGGAGUAAAAGAAAAACGUAAGCAUUGCUCUGUGUUUCAAAUAAAGAUAAUUUUCUUUUAGAUUUUAGUUGAAGAGGAGAAAAGCUCAAGUGAAUGUGAUUUUAUUUUUUACUGAUAAACAAUACAUAAUUGUACUUUUCUAAACGGAGAAAUAAAAAUUAAAAACAAAUAAAAAUGCAAAAAAAUGUAUUGGUUAUAUAUCUUUUAAUUUUAAGGUUAUUAUUAGUUGCCUAUACGCUGCUUUUCCUAGAGGAAGGGAUUCUCCUCUUUGUGAAAGCAAAUGUGCAUUUCCAUGUUAUUGAAAAAGUUAAUGAUAACCACUGGAGUCAAACAGUUUUCAGCCAUUCCAUUUAACUUUCACAUUCAAAUGUUGCCUUAAUCAUUACAAUUGGAUUUUUCAUUCUUCCAAAAUAAAAUCUUGAAUAGCACCCUCAAUUUUCACUAUACCUCAUUCUAUCCUCAUCAAUAAAAAUUUCAAUUUCAAGUACUUUUGCUAGAACGAAUAAAGGGCUCCAUUCCACACUAAAAUAUAUUCCUUAAAUAACACUUAAUUUAUGUUAAAAACGAGUCAGCUUUAAGAUAUUUUGAUAUUAGCAAAAUUGAAAAUUUAUCAAAUUUAGCCGAAAUUUGUGUAAGUUUUACUUUUAAAAGCAAACAUUGUAAAUACUUAAAUAUUUUUAUUUUCAAAAUUUCUCGAUUAGAUACUAAUUUGGGACCAAAUUUUCGCUUUAGAGAUAUUAUUUAGUAAAAUGUUUUUAAUGAAAACGAAAGUAUAUUUUUUAGCUACUAAACCAAAUUUAGAGACAAAAUUAUUUCAUUUUGAUAAAUUAUUUUUCAAAAGCUAAACAAAUCAUAAAUUUAAGAUAGCAACAAAGUGAACUUGUGAUCUUUAUUCGUAAAAAUUAAAUUAAUUAUUUUGAAUGUAAUCAAAUUGUGUAUAACUGUCGUGAACAUGUUUUUCUUUCAAAAGAGUUGGAAAAAGCUGAAAUUCACUAAUUACGCUGACUAAACCUGAACUCUUUUCCCGUGCAGAUAAAUAUAUACUUUUAAAGAAUCAAAAACGUUAAUUAUAUUAACCAAGCGCCAUACUGAAUUCAUUCAUAUGAAAAUUAAGAAAGUAAUCCGCCAAUAAACAAAACUAAUUGCCAACAUCAGAGCCCAAUAGCCAUUUUUUGGGAUCAACUACCUAAUUUUGCAACUCUUCUGUUCGUUGUUUUGUUUAAUAAACUUUUUAUACCUUACUCAAUAGUUUUAAAAUGGAUACAUUUCAAGUUUUGAAUAGAAUAUAAGCAGCAAUAAGUAGUUUCCGUAGAAUUCCAUUUUCAUUCUAUACACGUUUUUUAUUUUACUUAUUUUUAUUCCUUUUCCAAUAAUCAUGUAAAAAUGUGAAAAUAAAAUUUGUAUUACAAAAGUUAAAAAUA